CCUCCCACAAACCAAGUCGAAAAAGCCCACAAAAGAGGGGCGCCAGUGAGUGAGUGAUGAGUGAGUGUGAGGUGAUGAAAAGGCAUGCAUGCAUGCAUAAAGAGCCAAACGGAUGUAAGCUCAUGACACUUUUUUCUGCUCAUAUCAUCUCAUAUCUUCUUGAUGCCGGCCCGGCCAGGGCCAGCCAUGUCAAUGUGAUCCUACCCCUCCCAUAUCUACAUCCACAUGCAUGCAUGAGGUGAUUAGUCGGGAGUUACUCCUUGCCAUGCCUCCAUGCAUGGAUCCCACUUCAAACGCAUCGCUCAGCUAGCUGAUAUGACAUGUAGCUCCACUCACUCACUCUCUCUUUUGUGAUCUCACCGUGGCCAUCACCGUCAAAUAAUGCCUCCCGAGCCCUGAGCCCCUGACCAUGACCAGUGCUCAGCUCACCUAAGCAGUACCCCUUGACUCUUCUUGAGCCAUGGAUACGAAGGGAUCCGGCUUCCAAGGAGGGGGAGAGGAGGAGACCGGGAGCAUCAUGCCCAGCAACGCCAACGCCAACGCCAACGCCGGAGCCAUGACGGUGGCGAGGGAGUACCGGCGGGGGAACUGGACGCUGCCGGAGACGAUGCUGCUGAUCGAGGCCAAGAAGCGGGUGCACGAGGACCGGCACCCGGCGGACCUGGGCCUGGCGCGCUGGCGGUGGGUCGAGGACUACUGCUGGCGCGCCGGGUGCCAGCGCAGCCAGAACCAGUGCAACGACCGGUGGGACAACCUGAUGAGGGACUACAAGAAGGUGCGCGCGUACGAGCACACCGGCGCCGGACCGGAGGCGCCGAGCUACUGGGCGAUGGCGAGGGCGGAGAGGAAGGCCAGGUACCUCCCCUCCAACCUCCUGCGCGAGAUUUACGAGGCCAUGGGCGAGAUCGUGGAGCGGCGGAUGGGCAUCUACGGCGCCGGUGGGACGUUCUUGGGCGCGCCGCCGCCGCCGACGGUCGGCACCGGCCUCGUCAGCGUCCCCAUGCAGGCCUCGCCUCUCGCGCAAGUCCUGCCCCGACCUCUGGACCAAGAAACGCGUUGCAGCUCCGAGUCGCCGGAGAGGAAGAGGCUGCGGCCAUCGCUGGACGGCCAGCCGGGUAGCAGCACGCCGGCGUCAGCCGCAGGAAACAACGAUCGCCACCACCAAGCGCCCGAGAGCGACGACAGGGAGAGCUCGGACGACAUCGAGGAGCACGACGAGCUGAGCGGCGCGAUCGGCCAGUGCGCGGCCAUCCUGUCGGGCGCGCUGGAGAGCCGGGAGGCCGCGGAGGAGCGGCGGCACAGGGAGGUGAUGGCGGUGGAGGAGCGGCGCAGCGUGGCCCGGCAAGCGCGCCGCGAGGCCGGCGAGCAGUGCAUGGCCGGGCUGGCGGCCGCCGUGGGCCAGCUCGCCGGCUCCAUGCUGGCGCUCGCCGCCAAGCACGAGGGCCCCGCCGCGCCCAAGUGAGACAAGCAAACAAGCCCCGGCCAGACCAAUAAUCCAACGGGAUCUCUCUCUCUCUCUCUCACUCACUCUGUGUGUGUGUGCUGCACGAUGAUGCCGCCCCGCGCCGCGCGCGUGCAGUGAUCGAGUGCGCAGCGGCAUGCAUGCAUGGAUGGAUGCACAUCUUGCGUGCACGGAGCUCGAGGCCAGUGCGCGCUACGAUCGGCGAGCCCGGGAAGCCUGGGCCUUGCAUGUGAUUGACAUGUAGCUACAACGCCAGAGCGGUUGCUAGGGAUCCAUCCAUGGCACGUACGUACGUGCGUACGUGCAUGGAGCUUAAUUAGUACGUACUUUGUUCAUGUGCUGGUUUGUUGGGGUUUAUGCAUGCAUGCAUGCCAUAUUGCCGUUCAUGAUUCGACGGUGGUGUGUGUGCUGGUUUGUUGGGGUUUAUGCAUGCAUGCAUGCCAUAUUGUCGUUCAUGAUUCGACGGUGGUGUGUGUGACUGUGAUCGAGUGACGGCAUGCUGGCUGCAUGAGGGUUUAGCAUCUGAAAACGUCUUUCGUGCUGUCAAUGUAAAGUGCAUUCGAUAUUCCUUUUUGCAACCAUCCUUUAGCAUCCAAAAAGUAUUUGCUUGGCCGAAA